AUGGAUCAAAAUGCUUGUCUUCCUCAACAACGAUCGACAAUAAACGGACUCACCGUUUUGAAAGCCAUCACGCAUUUGCAAAAACUAAAUGGUUUCUCGGUGAAUAAUCUCAAGAAAUAUCUCACCAAUCAGUAUGGAAUUGACUCCCAAGCCUUGGAUGCAACCAUCAAGCCAAUCAUGAAGAUGGCCAUGGACCGAAACAUCCUGAAAAAUCUUGGCGAUACCGGAAAAGUAUCCGAAUGUAAAAGACGUAAAAAAUCUUCAGGAGGCGGCAAAAAACGUAGGAAGUCUUCUGGAGGUAAAAAGAGGAAGAAGUCCUCUGGAGCAAAAAAAUCGGGGGGAAAACGACGAAGGAGGUCCAAGAAGAGUGCAGCGGUCCCGGAAUAA